AUGAAUAAGUUUUUAAAAAAAUGGACUGAGGCUGAUACUUAUAUCAAUGAUAAUAUAUAAAAUAUACAACGUGAAUUACUUGCAGUUAUUCUUCCAAAUGACUAAAGUUUUUCAAAUUGGGAAAAUUCAAAAACUAAAUUUUAAUCUACUUGUGGAUACUUUAUUUCUGAUCAAGAAUUAAGUUUUUAAUGUUUUACUUGUGGAAAGGAACCUACACAUAUGAUUUGUAAAAAUUGCUUUAUACCUAAAUUACAUAGAGGUAUAAUAUAUAUAUAUAUUCAUUAGAUCAUUAGUGUAUUAUUGAUGUCAAAAAUAAGGGAUUAUGCGAUUGUGGUGUCAAAUCUCUGAUUUUAGAUGAUGGGUUUUGUUCAAAACAUACUGAUAAAAUUAACAUAAAUAAGGAAAAAGAAAUUAGUAAAAUUCCUAUUAAUAUAUAAAAUAAUAUCACUUUUAUUUUUCAAGAACUCAUUAAUUCUUUUAGAAGUUCGAUUAAAGAAAUAAAAAAGAUGAAUGUUUCUAACUUAUAAACUACACUUUUAACUCUCUAUCAUUUUGCUAAAUAAUUUAAGGAUCAAAAUUCAAUUUAAUAUAUGGAGAUGUAUUAGAAGAAUGAAUAAAUUUCUGAACUUUUUAGAAGAAUUGCUAAUAUAAAUACUCUAAUAUUUACUACAAUUGAAUUACUAAUUGAUAAAAGAUAAAAUUAUUAACUUUUAAUAUAGCAAAUCCUCUCAAAUAAAAAUUUAAUUAACUCUAAAUACACGAUUUUAGAAAAGUUAUUUAGAUAUUAAAUAUAUAUUGAAGUUUAUCAAAAAGGUUAUGAUUAUAAGAUAGAUUAGAUCCUUUAUAAAUUAUUUAAUGAUGAAACGUUCAAAGCUUAUAUUUUCUCUAUUAUUUUGAAAAAUUUUUCUAACUUUUGGUUAAUCAGUUAAUUUAAAACAACCAUUAUAGAUGAAAAAAUAGAGGAAUUAUUCAAAAAAAUAGAUUAAUCGAUGAUAUAAAAUUAGAAAACCUAUUUUUGUUGUUAAACGAUUGUUUAAUAUAAAGUAUAGAACAUUGAUCUUUAUUCUUAGUACAGAAGAAUUUAAAAGUAAAUUUAACCAUUAAUUAAACAUUUAAUAAGUAAUCGAUAAUUAUUCCACUCUGUAAAGACUAGUAAAAUACUUAUAUCUGAAUCUUAAUUUUAAUCUUUUGAAAUGUAAGAAUAAUUCUUUUCUUAAAAUUAAAAUAUUUAGGACUUUGUAGUUACCAUAUAACAAUUACAUUAUACUUCUGGUGCAUUAUGUUCUGAUAAUUAAUUAAUACUUCCGUAAUUAUUUAAAAAGAGAUUUGAAUAUAAGAAUUUUGGAGAAAUAGCAUUAGGUUAAUUAUAAAAUAUAUUAAAUAAAAAUUUUGAUUCAUUUAAAUAAAUAGAUAUUAACAUUGAUAUAAUAAAAGUAUUCAACUUUAAUAAGUUUGCAAUUACAAAUUUGAUUUUAAGUUUGGGCAAAGGAAUUUAAAUGAGGAAUAAAACUAAUUUAUUGAAUAAUUCAAUUAUAUUAGCUGAUACUAUUUACUAUCUUCAAGAUUAAGCAACAUAUUAUACUGCAAUUUACACUGGAUUAAUGAAUCUAUUCAGUAAUUAAUAUAGUAAUGAAAUAUUAGAAAAGAACAUUAUUAAAUUACUUUUUUAUUAAACUUACUUCAUCUUAAAGAAAACUAUCAAUAUCAAUUAGAUAAAUAUCAAACCUUCAUAAUCUUUAAUAUAAGAUUUGCCAACUAUUAAAAAUGGUAUGAUAAUAUAGAAAUUGUUUAUUUCUUAUUUAUCUUAUUUAUAUUGUGUUACCUAAUUUGAAAAUGGAAAAUAAUUCUUACAUUACUUAAUUGAUAUUUUAGAUGAAGAUUAAUAAAAUUUUGAAAAAAUACUCAAUUAAUUAUUAAAAGAAACUGUUUAUGUGCAUUUGAUUAUUCAAGAGAAUCAAGAUUAACAGAUAAAAUCUGUUUAUUAAGGAAAUAAUAAUCAUACAGAAUACUCUUAAUUUCAUAGAGUUGACACCUGUCUUAUUAAAUUAUAUAUAUUUUUAUUUGAUGUUAAUGGAUUCUCAAGUGUUAAAAAUAUGAUGGAAGAGUUUUAUUAAAUCUAAAAUGGUACAAUACUUUAAGAAUUAAAAAAAGAGAAGUAUCAAAAUUUUUAUUAAAUGUUUAUUAAUUUAAUCUUAACAGAUUAUGAUCUUUAUAAUGUAUGCUGCCCAUUAUUAACUUAAUUAACAAAUGAGUUAAAAUUGUCUUUAGUUAGAAUAUUAGGUAAUUACUUUAAUAUCUCAACCUUUAUAGAAUAUGGAGAUAUUUAGGAGAAACUUAAAAAUUUUGGAGUUUUAAUAACUUCAAAUUUUUCGAACCAUAUAUUAUAAAUAUGUGAAGUUGAUUAGACAUCAAAAAAAUUAAAACUAAAAGGAGAAUAUAAAAUAUUCUAUGAACCUUGUUUAAUAUAGAAUUAAUCAUAAUUAUAAACUCAAAUAGAAGAAAGAUUGUUUGAGUAAAAAAAAUCAGACAGUGAAAUAUUAUUAGGAAAUGGGAUCACAUGGGAUAUUGAAUAGUUUUCAAAUAAAAGUUAUAGAGUUUUAAUGCAAUAAUUAUUAAAGAUUUAUUGCCAUUUUGAAUUAUUUUUGAGAAAUCUGAUUUAUUUAAUGAAAAAGGACAAAUUAAUAGUAUAGAUAAGCUAUCUUAUUUAUGCUCAACUUGCUUAUUUGAAUUAAUUUGAUUAAUAAUUAUUUAAAUAAUAUUUUGAAAUAGUAAUAGCUUAAUUGGAAGAAAUAUAAUAAAUUAUUAAUGUAAAAUAAAAGUAAAAAUAAUAAAUCAAAGUACUUAUUUAAUCAAUUAAUGAAUUAAAUCAAAAAUAAAUAAUGAACAAUAUGUAAAAAUAAAUAAAAUAGAAAUUUUAAACUCUAAAAGAAUAAUAUAAGUCUAAAUUUAAUAAAAUAUAGUCAUCAAAUUUAGUAUAAAAAAUGAUUAAUGAAAAAGAGGAAAAUUAAGAAGAAGAUCUAUGUUUUACAUGUAAACUAGAUGUUACAACUGAAAAUAGUGUGGGAAUGAUGUAUAUUUAUUGGAAAUCUCAAACAGAAUUUUUUGAUGAAACACAUCAAAUGCUUAAAGAUUAAUUGUUAUUUGAUUUCGAUUUGGGAAUAUAGACUUGUAACCACUACUUUCAUGAUAAAUGCUUGACUUAAGCCUUUGAUUGUUAUUAAAUUAUGGAUUAAGAAUAUGGGUAAGGGUUUAAUUAAUAUAAAUUUUAUUGUCCAAUAUGUAAAUUACAUACGAAUUGUAGAUUUCCAAUUUCAAAAAUAGACAAACGAAUAGUUAAAAGUUUAAAUUCAGAUUUAAUUUUCAUUUAUUCUUUAAUAAAUAUGGAUGAUGAAUUUGAAGAUGAAUUACCUUAAUAAAUUAAUUUAGUUAAAAUUUACAUAAAUCUAUUUUAUGACUUGCUGGUCUCAUUGUUUAUUAAUCCUUAAAAUUAUAAAAAAGCUCAAAAAAAUAUAUUAUUUAAUCAAUUAUUUUGUUGCUUUUAUGAAACAAUUUAAGAUAUGAAUUAAUAGGAUAUAGAAGCAUAGCCAUAAUUACAAAAUAUUCAAUAGAAAAAUAAUUUUCUGGUGAAUAUUUUGACUUCUAUGUAUGAAAUGUCUGUGAAAUAGUGUAGCUUGAAUUAAUUAAGAUUAUCUAUUAUUGAAUUAAUCAGUUAAUAUAGUUAAUUAAAUAAAGAAGAAAUCUCACUUUUAAUUAGCUCUUUUGGCAUAGAAGAAUAAAUGAUGGUAUAAGAAUUAAAUCAAAAAAAUAAAUAAUGCAUACAUGACACAUCUUUAGAAUAUUAUUAAAAUUUUUAGAUUAAAACUAGUUAAUAUAUUUAAAAGACUUUGGGAGAAACAUUUCUAUAAUUUCAUAGUAAAUAUUUUUGUAACAAAUGCAGUAUAUGCAAAUUUUAUAAUCUUAAAAAAAGUAAAAAUUCAGGUGUUUGUGUCUGUUUACUAUGCAAAGAUUUAUUUUGCAAUGAGUCUUGCUCCUUAUCUAUUAAAGACCACUUAAAUUAUCAUGUAGAAAAGAGGCAUCAUGGAAAUUCAUUAUUUGUGAGCCUUUAAGAUGGUUCAGUUACAAUAAUUAGUUAAUCAACUUCAAUCAAAAAAUUUAAAUAUUUGUAUUAUAAUAAUUUAGGUGAAAAAAUAAAUAUAGAGAAUCCUAAUUCAGACUGGAAUUAAUACAUACUUGAUAUAACUAAAGCUAAUGAAUUAGUCGACAUCAUUGUUAAUAAUAAAUAUCGUAAAAUAAUUAAGAGUUAACAAAAGCGAAGUAAUUUUCUUUGA